AGUAAAAUUGGCAGUGUUAAAUAAGCAGUGUUAUUCUACAUUUACUCUUAAGGAGUUAACUUAACAACAAAUAGUGAAAGAUCCCCUCUAGUGUUGGUGAAAAUUAUCAGAGUUAAAUUCUGCCUCGUUAACUUUACUCUGUUAAGCUCCGCCCCUCACGCUAACGUCAAGGAUCUGAACAGACGUUUCUCAUCGUCGUUUCCACCGCCAUUUUCUUUCUCCGCGCACCAAAAGGCCUAUUACAGGACAUGCUGGUUAAGGUGAAACUUGGGGAUGCUCAAAAAUUUGUUAAAAUAACGGAGCUGAGCCUGAAGGAGUUUUUGUCUGCUGCUUUUUUAAAGUUUGGUGUCCUAACUGUACCCGAGAAUGUGAUGGUUGUUGAUGAAUCAGGGACGGAGGUGGAUGAUGAUGUUUUUGAGGAUGUAGUUAAAGAUCCCUCAGUUGGAGUUCUAACCAUAAAACAUGGUGCAGACUUGGAAUCUGCCUCUCCACAAGCCUCUCCUGUGCAGUUAAAUCAGUCCCUGUCUUCAUCUAUUGACUCCACUGACUCACAGGACACAGUGAUUAUUGAAGAAAGCUCUUCAAGUAAAAGAAUGAGGCUAGAUUAUGAAGCUAAAAAGUUGGUGGAAUCCAUUCUUGUCCAGAAACCUGGUGGGGAGCGUGUAAUAAAUGAAUACAACCGAACUAAGACUUUGGGGGAUGAAACGAGAAGGAAAAUGGUGAACAUCCUGGCAGCUGACAUGACAGAAAAGAACGGUACAUCACCACCACGGCAGGUUAAAGAAAAAUACGCCAGAGGAAUUGUGGCUUUGUUCCCUUACCUCAGUGACCCCUUCUCCAAAAAUGGCUAUGAGCAUUACUAUGAUUGUGAGAGUGGCACUGGGUACUUGGCAUGGAGAAUCAAAACUAUACAGAGAGGCUUGGCUAAAGAACGACGAGCAUCAUUUGAAGGACAAGGAGCAUCUUCAGAGGGGAUGUCUGGUGGACCAACUGUAAGACGGGAGUCAGAGUUUACUCCAGAGAUUGUCUUGAGUGAGGAUGAAUGCAAGGAAUCAAUUGCAUUCAUGAAACAUUCUGCUGAUGAGGACACAGUCAAGAAGAAGAUGAAAUUGACAUUUGACUAUCGCCACAACAUGGUUCUUGACCCUAUGCAGUCAAGCGAUAUAUUGACAGUCUUUCCACGUUUCAAAGACGUUAAAGGCUUGAUUGAGCAAGACUUUGUUCUGAUGUUUGGAGAAGGAGUGUCAGGCAAGCUACUGGAGAAAUGGACGACUGCAUUCAAGAAAAAAGUGAUUGAGCAGUCCAAAAAGCUUCCAACCACCAGUGAUUUAGAAGAACUCCUGCUAGCAGCUCAAUUUCCUGAUCACCCAGAAGAAGGUGUUAAUUUUGCUUGGGACUCUGACCUCUCUUCUAUACUACUGCUGUUGCAUCUGAUCCCACCUUCUGCCCAAGGCCGAAAGAGACCAGGAAAGGUGUCUGCGUCUCAAGCAGAGAAACAUCUUGUUGUCUUUAAGAAGAGUGGAACAAACAUUGAGGAGCAUCUUCGAGACAUCACUGCUAGUGCUCAGCCCUAUCUCCUGGCAGUGGGACCUCAGAAGAAUUCAGUUCACCAGUACUUCAUCGUUCUUGAUCAGCAUGCCAUUCCAUGCAAGUCAACCUCUUCUCUUGGUGCCUUUGACGAACUGUUUAAGGCACACUUUGUUUUUGGCACAUCUUACAAUACUAUGCUACACAACAUGUACACUUUCAUUCAGACUACUGUAUACAACAUAGAUGUUGGCAAAGUGAAAGAGAGCCCUCGUGUUGCUGAGGUCAGAGCAAGGUUGCUUUGCUAGGUCCCUUAAGAUUUUCUGUCCUCAUGAAGUGUUUUGUUUGUCAGGCAGAGUUAAAUGGUUCAAAAAUGCUUCUUAGGCACUUCAGAUUAGUUCAUGGUUUUGUUCCUGGAAAGAAUCUUCACCUUAAGUGCAUAGAGGCUGGUUGUGGUUCUGUGUUUGGUACUUUUUCAGGUUUUCGGAAACAUCUGCACACAAAACAUGCUGAGAGUGAGCAGAAUUUUGACACCAUUGAUGGCCAUGAGACCGCCAAGGCAGAUGGACAAAAUAAUGCUGAAAUACUUGAUCAGAUGGGAAGUGCCGGAGAGAUGGCCACAAUAUCUGAAUUGUUAAAGUCAAAUAAGAGCACUUUCGAUAUGUGUGCAUCUGCUGUUGCACAACUUAAAGUUGCUGGUUUAAGUCAGUCUGCUAUAAAUGGUUUUGUUUCAUCUAUGGAAGAAAUGGUUUUUGAGAUUCAUAGUCAGGCCCAGGAUGCAGCUUUGCUCUGUCUGUCUCCACAGGACACAACUACUAAAAGAAAGAUAGAAAAUUCAUUUCAAAACUUGGAAAAUCCAUUUACUAUGUUAAAUUCUGAAGCCAAACGAAAGAGACUAUUUACGGAAAAAUGGGGAAUUGUUGAACCAACCGAAAUAGUGCUUGGCACCAGAUUUGACAGCAGGAGAAAUAAAACCACAGGUUCGUUUGAUCAAGUUGUUGUAACUGAUAAAUUUGCUUAUAUUCCCAUUUUAGAAACACUAAAGGCAAUUUUACAAAAUCCGCUACUUAUUGAUUUGUUUAAACCCCGGCAUGUUCCAAAGGAAGGCAUUUAUGUUGAUCUAAGUGAUGCAGCAUAUUUUAAAAGUAAUCCCUUAUUUUAUACAGAAAAUGAUGCCUUACAAAUUCAGUUAUUUUAUGAUGAUUUUGAGACCGCUAAUCCUUUGGGUUCCAAAAAAGGUAUACACAAAUUAGGUGCAAUCUAUUUUACAUUAAGGAAUUUCCCCCCAGUUUUCAACUCCUCAUUGGUGAAUAUUCAUUUAUGUGCCCUCUUUCAUGCACAGGAUAUUAGGAGCUAUGGUUUUAAUUCUAUACUUGAGCCUCUAGUAAAUGAUUUGAAAGUGCUUGAGAUUGAAGGGGUUAAGAAUCCAGUGUCUGGAAGUUGUAUUAGGGGUACAGUUAUUCAAGUCACUGGGGAUAAUCUUGGCUUGCACAGCUUGUUUGGGUUUCUUGAGUCAUUUGGGGCUCGAUAUUGCUGUCGUUUCUGCCUUCUUGAGAAACAUCACUUUCAGUCUGUGUUCUGUGAAGAUAACCCUGAGGUUGUGCUAAGAACAACUGAGAUGCAUGCUCUGCACUGUGAAACUUUACAAGCUGAUUCUACACUACCACAUGUUUAUGGUGUCAAACGGACGUGUUUGUUAAAUUCACUCAAGUAUUUCAACACAGCCAACAAUUUCGCUGUGGAUAUAAUGCACGACAUUCUAGAAGGAGUUGCUCAGCUAGAGGUAAAACUUGUUCUGCAGUACAUUCAAAAUAAUUUUCUGAGCACUGAUGAUCUUGCUGGUAGGGUACAUGCUUUUGACUAUGGUUAUAAUCAGCAGAGGAACCGUCCUCCAAGGGUCAAAUUGUUUGAUGGAAGCAAUGAUUUGGGUUUAAAUGCCAUCCAAUCUUGGUGCUUGUUGCGCAACAUGCCCCUAUUAUUUGGUGAUUUAGUGCAAAGAGAUGAUAAACAGUGGCAUCUUUUGAUUUUACUUUUGCAGAUUGUCAACAUCGUAUUUUCACCAGUCUUAACAGAAGGCAUGACCAUUUAUCUUAAACAUAUAAUAAUUGAACAUCACCAGCUAUUCAAAAAAUUAUUUCCUGAAAGAAGUCUUUUGCCAAAGCAUCACAUAAUGAUUCAUUACCCACAGUGUAUUAGAAAAAUUGGACCAAUUCUGCACAUGUGGUGUAUGCGUUAUGAAGCUAAACACAAAUUCUUUAAAACGCAGUUAAAAAGUUUCAAAAACAUCACCAAAACACUAGCCAGAAAGCACCAAUUUUGUACUGCAAUGCACUGGGAGUCUUUUAGCCAGUACAGAUCGUCUCUUGGCCCAGGGAAGAUGAUAGAACUCAGUGAACUUAAAGGUGGCCAAGAAAUUGCUGCCAAACUAGGAGUGGUAAUGUCAGACGUUGUCUAUUCUGUUAAGUGGAUCAAACACCAUGGCACAGAGUAUCGCCCUGAAUUUAUUAUCUGUACAGAAGUAGCAUGUGACAUGCCAGUGUUUUGUAAGAUCCAGACUAUUGCUGUGAAAGAUGAAAAUGUGCUGUUGUGUGGAUCACUGAUGGAAACUGUAUGUUUUGAUGACCAUUACUAUGCUUUUACAGUCAAACUGCAUCCAGACAGAGUUUUUAAGGUAGUGAAUGUUAAUGAGCUGUGUUAUUUCAAACCAUUUGAUCUUCAGAUGAAAUAUGGUACAACAGAUUCUGCACUGCAUGUAGUGCCAUAUUGCCAUUUAAUGCAGACGUGAUGUAUUUUUGUGUAUUUGAGUGUUUCCUGAGCCUGACUCUUGUUUUAAUAAAUGUUUUAUAUGUGA